AUGGACAAAGAGAAGACCCCUUUUGGUAUUACAUCUAAUAGAGUAUUAUUAUACAGGGACAGGUUGUGUGUACCUGAUGUUGCUGGGCUACGGCAACAAGUUAUGGGUGAGGCACAUCAUGCUCGAUAUUCUAUUCAUCCAGGUUUACCUCGCACUCCACGGAAGUAUGAUUCGAUAUGGGUUAUUGUCGAUAGGUUGACUAAAGGUGCCCAGUUUACAGCAAAUUUCUGGAAAUCUUUUCAAGCGGGAUUAGGGACCCAGAUGGCUCCGUAUGAGGCACUGUAUGGCAGAAAAUACAGGUCACCUAUAAGCUGGUUCGAUGUGGGUGAAACUAAGUUAAUUGGCCCAGAUCUGAUUCAGCAGGCAGUUGAGAAGAAAGCAUAUGCUGACAACCGGCGUCGACCUUUAGAGUUCCAAGUGGAUGACUGGGUAUUCUUGAAGGUGUCACCUAUGAAGGGCGUCAUGAGAUUCGGCAGAAAAGGAAAACUUAGUCCGAGAUACAUCGAGCCUUAUCAGAUUGUUCGUAAAGUAGGCAAGGUUGCUUAUGAAUUGGAUCUACCAGCUGAUUUAGAAGCAGUACAUCCGGUGUUCCACGUGUCUAUGCUUCGUAAAUUCGUUGGCGAUCCUUCCAGAGUAUUUCCUGUAGAAGACAUUCAGAUGACCGAGGAGCUAUCCUAUGAGGAACAGCCGGUGGCUAUUUUAGAUCGUCAGGUAAGGAGGUUACGCACCAAAGAUGUGGCAUAUGUCAAAGUAUUGUGGCACAACAACAACCGAGAAGAAAUAACUUGGGAGGCGGAGGAAGAAAUGAAGAAAAAGUAUCCUCAGUUGUUUUCUGCACCCACAGGUAACUUAAGUUCCUUAUUACCUAUAUUGGUUAAAUAA